AUGGGGAACUCGGGCAGCUCGAACAAGAUAUCUGCACAGGACCGGUACGUUCUCCCCGAAGCCAGUGAAUCUGCCGCCAGCUCACUCACUGAUAGUGCGAUACUGGACAUGAAGAACCAGCGAGAUAAGCUUCAGCAGUACCAGAAACGCAUCGCGGUGAUUACCUCUCGAGAGCACGAUAUUGCGAAGGAAUGCUUGCGGACUGGCAAUAAGCAGAGAGCUUUAUUGGCAUUACGGCGCAAGAAGUAUCAAGAGUCGCUAUUGGCCAAGACAGACCAACAACUGGCGCAGUUGGAGGCGUUGACGAGCGAUGUGGAGUUUGCGCUUGUUCAGAAGGAUGUGGUGUAUGGACUACAACAGGGCACGGCGGUGUUGAAGGAGAUACAUAAAGAGAUGGGCGGCCUGGAGAAGGUGGAGAUGAUUAUGGGCGAGAGUGAAGAGGCCCAGGCAUAUCAGAAGGAAAUCAACGAGAUGCUAGGCGGCAAGAUGUCCAACCAGGACGAAGACGAGGUGGAGGAUGAGCUCGAGGCUAUGGAGAGAGAAGCCGCUGCCGUACCAAGCAUGCCGGACGCGCCAACAGCUGUCAGAGAAGACCUGCCAGACGUACCGCAGGAGACGCCAGAAGAGAAAGCGAAAAGACGGCGGAAAGAAAGGGCAGCGCGGCAGUCAGAGCCGAUUGCUGCAUGA